UAACUUAGUGCAAAUGAUCACGUGAUCGUAUGACAUUCUUGGAUCCAGUUUGAAGCGUUAUGUCUGUUUGCCAGCAAAGAGACAUUAGCGCGCUGUGUCCCUCCUUCCAGUUCCGCUGGGUACCUGCAUGGAAGAGGUUUGUUUGGUGGAACACAGGGCUUUUAUUCAAACAGUAACUUCACGGAAGUCCACUGUUACUCCUUUCUUGUUCCUGUUCCUGGCUUUGCUGAGCUGUUAUCCCAACAUCUUGAAGAGCUAAAAGCUGAAAGACGGACGCCCACAUCCAAUCUCUCAAAAAACGCAAAGCAGAUCUCUCUUCGCACCACAGAGGUGAUGAAGAAUCAGGUACAGGAUCACUUCGAGAACAUGCUGUGUCUACUAAAGCAGGAUGAGUAGGCAGUCCUGGACUCUCUGGAUAUGGAACUGAAACGGAUCAGGACCAGGCUGGACCAGAUACUGAAGAGCUGGGUAAACCAUCAGGAGCAACUCUUGAAGAGCAUCAGCAUUAUCCUUGGUGCACUGAACAACACCUCUACAAAAAAGGCAGAUAAGAAGGGUCAUUUAGAGAUCGUCAGUCCUAAAAGGGCUGACGCCCCAGAGAGGGAAAUCAAACUGAAUGACAAGAGAUUUGAGAAGCUUCUGAAAACCCUCUACUCCAUCUCCAACAACCUCAAGGCACAACUACAGAGGAAGACUGCGCUGUUAGAUUCAUACCCUACUGUGAUUGACAAGCAGACCUGCCACAGCCAAAUCACAGUGAACUCAGAAGGGCAGGCGCCACCUACUCUGUCACUUUGUGCUCCGCUCCAGAGAAUUCUCUGCAGUUUGAUAAGGUAUGCUGUGCUUUGGGCUCAUCUCCUGUCACCACAGGUCUAAGUUAUUGGGAAGUAGAUGUCCACUGCUGCACUGCCUGGGCAGUGGGCGUGGCCUACGGCACCCUGCAGAGGAAGGGCCAGGACAAGGAUGUGAAGCUAGGCCGGAACCGGAACUCCUGGUGCAUGGAGCUCAAGAACGGGCAUCUGUCAGCUUGGCACAAAGACCGGCACGUGGCGUGUCAGGGUGCUGGGCUGACCCCGGCGGGAAGAGUGGGAGUGUGGGUGAAUUAUGAUAAGGGUCAGUUGAUGUUUCAUGAUGCAGACAGAAUGGUUGUCCCGCAAAAGGUUUUCAGCAGCAAUGACUCCAGUGUUUGACAGAGCUCACCACCAAUUCACUGGGCCGUUGUACUCGGCUGUACGCUUCCUGAAACCAGCAUAGAACCAGAGCUGGCCAAACCACCUGAGGUUCUGUUACUCCCUGUAACGUUACAAGUUCCACUGGACCGAGAUACAGUCCGUUGUUACUGGGAUUUGCUAUCUAUUACUUCUUCUAAUAGAAACUGCAAAGCUCCUGUUCUUCAAAAUGUCUAUGGGAAAGUUGCCUUGUCUUCAAAUGAAUAGGACAAUAUUCCCAGGGGAUCAGGCCUUUCCAUGGGUACCUGCUACAGUUUUAGAACAUACUAUUCUGGUAUGCACCAGUUUUCUAAAACACAAACUAAGCAGUCACUAGUUAAUGUUGGUAAUUCUCCCUGACACCAGGGCCCUGUUUUUAAAGGCGGGGUUAGUGAAAACAUACCCUGCCUACCCUGGGUUUGCAGUACCCUGAGUCAAGUUACCCCUGAAACUUGCUUUGUGAACCAGCCCUGCUCAGUUGCAGGGUUUAUCAAGCUAUCCCUGGGUUGGGACUACCUUUUAGCUGAGACAUGGCGCAAAGAAAGUGUCAAAAAUUAUGUGAUCUUUUCUCAAAGAGCGUGGAGACGAGCUGUAAGAUUGCAUCCCGACAAUGCUAAAAUCACAUUGUAUACCAUUAUAUGCUUAAAAUGCAAAUAGUAACUAAGGAAGGUUGAGGCUUUUAUUUUGAAAAUAUCAGUAAACUUUAUUUCGAAUUGAUAGAGUACACCUAUUUCCAUCACUAAUUGAGUCCUAGCAGUAGUGUUACGCCCAUUGAUGCAGUUAUCUGCUGUGUGAAAUAUUAAGGCUUUUAUUUUGUAGAGUAUGUUUUGGUCUUAUUUUGAAAGUCCAGCAAGGUUGUGUUUUGAGGACUGGCUUUAGGUAUGUUAGUGAUUUUAGAAUAGCAAGUAGGUUCCAUGGUAUUAUCAGCUUAAGAAAUCAAUAGGAACUUAUUUUAAGAGGCCAACAAAGUCCUAUUUCCAACACUGGUUUUGUCCCAGUGGUAGUGUUAAACCCAAUGGUUCAAUUAUGGUCGUGUGAAAUAUGAAGGCUUUUAUUUUGUAGAUUAUUAUUUAUUUUAUUUUAUUUCAAGGUCUAGGUUAGUUCCAUUAGUUAUUGCCGGCUCUGAUAAAUUCCCAGUGUUAUAUUUUAUCCGCAUUUAAUACAGAUAUUAACCAUAGCAAAUGUAAGCUUUCAUUUUCAAAGUUCUAAUGACUGAAACUGUGGAGCUCUGUUGUAGACCCACUUGGAACAACUUAUUUAUAUAUACAUUAUCUGAAGUAUAUGACGAUGGCUCUGAUUUAAAAAGCACCUGGUACACUUAGAUUGAAAGCAUGACUCAUAAAUCCUGUUUUACAAUGCUGGUUUGAAGUCUUUAGGUAUUUAUGAUCAGAAUCCUCCUUUUGCUGUAAUGUGGCCUAAAACUGUAGGAGUGUGUUAUUCUGUACAAUAUCUGUCAUGUAGUUAAUCUUUUGCCUUUUUGAUAAUCACACAGUAUGUUCAAAAUAAAUUUAAUUUAUCCUGUGUUUAUUAUUCAUAUAUUAUAUAUAUAUAUAUUUAACCGGACUUUACCUGAUUUAACUGUAUUUUUAUAUUUCACCUUGAUUUGCUGCCACAUCCUUUUUGUGCCUGUUGGUUUGCACAUAGGCACACAUUUAUUGCAAACUCACACUUUCUUUUUUUGAAGAUUAAAUAAGUGUAGUGUUGAGGAUUCAGCUUAAACUGUCAAGUCACCUUCAUACAUUUACUUGGUCUCUACCACACUACUCACUAUUUUGCAGCAGCAACAGUAUUGCUUUUCCUCUUAAAUAUGUGCUGAUAUUCUCCAUAUGCUGUCAUUAAUAUUUCUUAUUCCAUCAAGUAGAAAUAUGCACUUUAAGGUUUCUUAUUUCUAGGGAUGGGUACUUUUCACAUUUCAACCAAUACCAUAACGAUACACGAUACCUGGGAAUUGAUACCGGUACCAGUUUUCGGUACUUUUGUGUGUGUUUAUGUGAUUAUAAAUGUUAAUUUGUUUAAUAAUAAAAUCUCAAAAAUGUUCAA